CAACAACGGAUUCAUUGUCUAAGAAAGGGGAACAUCGAUACUCCCCUCUUUUGUAUGUAUCUGCAUUUUAUGCAAGAGAUACAUAGGAUUUGCGGAUCAAAAACCUUCUUUCUCAACCUGAACACUUGCGCUCUUCGCAACUUUUCUUUCUUCCAAACAGCGAAGGCUUCUUGGAAUGUCAAACGGAAAUAAUCAGAAUCGAUUAGACUUGCUUGAUACUACAAAAAGGGUUCCAAACGGACUUACGCGGAGCCGGCCACGAUCACACGGAGCAACAGGAAUCCCUAUUCACUUACCUGACGAUCGAUCGGGGCCUGAAAUGUACACAAACAGAAUACUUGGCCGCAAUGGGGCUAUCACAACCUAUAAGCCCAGUAAUAUGAAUAAGACGCACUCACAAUCAAGAGUGUUUGGUAAGGCUCCAACCACAGCUCCACGAAGAAGAGGUUUCAUGAUACCCGCAAAUCCAAAUAGCAGUGACGUUAUUACGAUUGAAGAUGAAAGGCCGAAACGACGUGUUACUGACAGUAUGAAUACGAAAGAACCGUCAAGACGAAGUGACGACGACAACAGUCAUAAGAAGAAUAAAAAACGGAUAUACCAAAACGAACAACAGCAUAGGUCAACCGCUGAGAAUAAUGACUCGAGCUCAAGACGUAACAAAUCAAGGGUUAUUAAAGAUGACGAGGACGAAGCAGUCGGAGCAGGAUCGAAAAGUUGGUACAACAGACUCCAUGAAAGACUUGGAACGAUACCAACAUUCAACCAUGUUGGCGCUGUUACCUCUAUGGAUGACGAGGAUAAAACCAAAGGAAAAGGGAAAUAUGAUGCUUCUGCUGUUACAAAAGACGUAUUUGACCUGAACUCCGUCGAGGAAACGACGGCUCGACGGAAAAGAACUCCGGGUGGUCAAGAAGGAUCUCAACGACAGUAUGGGAAGCAACGGGAUCAAAAGGAACAUAACGCAGUGCGAAAGUUGCGCUCGACCGCAGCGAAAGCUGGUGGAAGCAGUAGCCGAGGCAUCCGUGUGGAUGAAGGAGAAGACGAAGAAAAGGAGCAGAAUGAUGACGAAGAAGACAUAUGGGAAAACCAAGUUGCCAAGAAACAAGGAGAUGAAGGAAGAUCUCUCAAACGACGACGACUACGCGCCAGUAAUAACAAAGACGAUGAUGACAAAGACGACUUUCACGAUCCUGGAUCUUCGAGUGAAGCAGCAGAGCCUGAAUCGAUACCCCAACUUAUGAUCCCAAAACGACGACGCGGAAAAGGAAUUGUAUUUCACAGUGAUCCAGAUGACAUACCCGUCGAUCCCGAUAAGAGCAGCAACAUUUUGAACAGCAACAAAUCAUCGACAAGCCGGUUCCGCACUGACCUUUUGCCUAAUACGCGUCGAUCCUCAACAGCAGCAUUUGGUGGAUUGACAGCGAGAGUGACGCGCAGUACUACUCGCAGUGCUACGCAUGCUUUUCAAACAAUGUCUAACAAUGUGCGUGGGAUACUGGGACAGCCUCAAUAUAUCACCAUUGAUGACGAUGAUUCUGACGUGGAGAUACAGCAACAAACAUCACCUCGUCGCUCAGGACCUAGAGGACAGCAAGUUUUGUUCCAUUAUCCAUCGUCAGCACCGGGUAGCGUUACCGUCGUCAGAGAGGAUGCAAACCGUCUUAUGGAUGGUCAGAUGUUAAACGACAGUAUCAUUGAUUUCUAUGUCAAAUGGCUCCUGACGAAUUCGACAGAACUCCCCUCUGCCGACCAGUCUAUCACGGAGAGAGUGCAUGUAUUUAAUACAUUUUUCUUUGCGCGUUUGAAGCAGUCGACAAAGUAAGUUAAAGAAGGGUUAUUAGAAGAAAGUAGUGUUGGCUCGUAUAAAGUGGAUGUAAUCUCUGCAGAGUAAUAACAACUAUUGGUUCUUUCUUUUGUUGUGUGUGCAGUGGUGAUCCGUACGA